CUGUCCUUGCCUCCGCCGGCAGCUGGGAUUCCUGCUCCCUGCAUCUAGAAGGCGGUGCCUCCUAAUGCCCCCUCGACCCCACUCCCCUGCUUUAACAGAGGAAAAAUAACUCUUCGUAUCCACCUGCUACAACUACUAUACUGGGCUCUGAGGAGUACUCUUGUUCUACAGAUUAAACUUAGCAGCAACUUCAAAAAUAAUUUUCUAUAGGGGGCUGGGAGAAAUGCAAACAGAAGAGUGAAGUCAAAGUUCUUAGAGGCUCUGAGAAAUCAUGGGCUCUGCAGUAGGGGUCGAGAUGCUCCAAGGCCCAUACUUUUUGAAAUAAACAAUGUUCGUGAGAGAAUUGCAACUGUAUUUGGAUAUGGCUUUGUGAGAGGAGGUUCCAGAACUACUGAAAAUCCUACGUUAGAGAAACUAAAAGACUCUAAUUAUUUUACUUGACAGAUUAUUCUCCAGAAUGUUGAAAUUGCCAAAGAAGUGACUUCUGAUAAAAGGAAAAUACUGCUCUUCCUAAACUCAAACGAAAUCCUUUGCGGUGCCAUAGCACAUGGAUUUCAGGACUGCCUGUGAGGAGACAAAGACAGGGAUUUGUUUGCUGCAGGAUGGUAAUCAGGAGCCUUUCAAAGUCCGGCUGCACCUGGCCAAAGACAUUCUGAUGAUCCAGGAGCAGGACGUGGUCUGCGUGUCCGGCGAGCCUUUCUAUUCCGGUGAAAGAACGGUGACCAUUAGAAGACAAACUGUGGGAGGAUUUGGAUUAAGCAUAAAGGGGGGAGCAGAGCAUAACAUUCCAGUUGUCAUUUCAAAAAUUUCCAAGGAUCAAAGAGCGGAACUUUCAGGACUACUGUUUAUCGGGGAUGCAAUUCUACAGAUAAAUGGAAUUAAUGUGAAAAAAUGCAGACAUGAAGAAGUGGUUCAAGUUCUUAGGAAUGCGGGAGAAGAAGUGACCCUAACAGUGUCUUUUUUAAAAAGAGCACCAGCUUUCCUCAAACUCCCGCUGAACGAAGAUUGCGCAUGUGCACCAAGUGACCAGAGUAGUGGCACCUCCUCUCCUCUCUGUGACAGUGGCUUACACCUCAACUAUCAUCCCAACAAUACAGACACAUUAUCAUGUUCUUCAUGGCCAACAUCUCCAGGCUUGAAAUGGGAAAAGCGAUGGUGUGACCUGAGACUGAUCCCGCUACUUCAUUCUCGUUUCUCUCAGUAUGUGCCUGGGACAGACUUGAGUAGGCAGAAUGCUUUUCAAGUCAUUGCUGUGGAUGGGGUCUGCAGUGGGAUCAUUCAGUGCCUCUCCGCUGAAGACUGCGUCGACUGGCUACAAGCAAUAGCAACUAAUAUUUCAAACCUCACAAAGCACAAUAUUAAAAAAAUCAACAGAAACUUCCCUGUAAACCAGCAGAUAGUCUAUAUGGGGUGGUGUGAAGCACGGGAGCAGGACCCUCUUCAAGACUGUGUGUACUCGCCAGUGUUUCUAGCCCUCAGGGGCUCCUGCCUUUACAAGUUUCUGGCACCUCCAGUGACAACGUGGGACUGGACCCGAGCAGAAAAAACCUUUUCAGUUUAUGAGAUCAUGUGCAAGAUUCUCAAGGACAGUGACCUGCUGGACCAGCGGAAACACUGUUUCACUGUGCAGUCCGAGUCUGGGGAGGACCUCUACUUCUCCGUGGAGUUGGACUGUGACCUUGCCCAGUGGGAAAGAGCCUUUCAAACAGCAACCUUUCUAGAAGUAGAACGGAUACAGUGCAAGACGUACGCCUGUGUCCUGGAAAGCCAUCUAAUGGGACUCACGAUUGACUUCAGCACAGGGUUUAUCUGCUUUGAUGCGGCGACAAAGGCUGUACUUUGGAGGUAUAAGUUUUCUCAGCUUAAAGGCUCUUCAGAUGAUGGCAAGAGCAAAAUCAAAUUUUUGUUUCAGAAUCCAGACACUAAACAGAUCGAAGCAAAGGAGCUGGAGUUUUCCAAUCUAUUUGCUGUUCUUCACUGCAUUCAUUCAUUCUUUGCCGCCAAAGUCGCCUGUUUGGACCCCCUCUUCCUAGGCAGUCAGGCUGCUGCUGCCGCCAGCUCGGCCUCCACAAGCCAAGCCAAGUACCCGGCUUGACCGCCCGAGCUCU